AUGUCAAGUUGCGAGUUUACCUAUCCGCAAUUGGCAUCAUCAUGGUCUACGGAUCGGAUACUUGGACGACAUCGUGAUGGAAAGACUCGAUUGCACGGAAAGGAAGCUGUUUAUUUGGCUACUUUUGGUCCAGGGACAUGGAAUAGCGGUGAACGGUUCGAUUCUGUGCAAAAGAAGAUUGCAGAAGAUCGAGGAGAUUGGGCAGCGCUAUGUUCAGGAACGUCGGAGAAGGUGCAGGGAAUCGGGUCAGGCAAUGACAUCAACCCGUCGAUUUGCUCAAACGUACUGGAUCGUGCCGUGUGGCCUGCUCUUGGCAGGCCUUUAGGAUGGGAUGAUGAAGCAACUGGUGUUAUGCUUGGAAGAUCCUUCGACGGUUAUUCUUACAACAUGCCACCGCCCCUAGAUCUUCCGUCUGUUCUUCACAAUCCACCAGAUUACAGUGCUACUCAGAGUCGAUAUGGUCUGGGUGAGUACGGAUCUGCGUUCAACGCAGUUCAACCGCGCACCUCUUCCUCAUAUGAACAGUACGACUUAGGACAAGCUUCUGCCCCAGCCCCUGCUCCAGCACCACGUGGAGGGAGUGCAGGACCAGGUAGAUACGGGUACCCUUCUACAUCAGCUCGCAGAACGCUUACAAGGCAACACCGCUCAAUGGACACAAUGGGACCAUUGGAAACGAAUAUGGGUGGAACUAGUCAAGAUGGCCCACUAGCAAUAGCUACGAAUUUCCCUUUGCAUCAGAAUGCUGGACUCCAUGGCACGUAUCGUGCACCAUUGUCGAAUCCGACCUCAACCAGUCAGAAUUUCUGGAGUAAUUUGGGGAGGAUGACUCACUAUUCUGAAGCCGGAGGUGGAAGCUCUAGCCGACUGCCGGGAACUCUUUCCCUUUCAGCGGAGUAUGAGCAACUCAAAGCCGAUUAUCAAGCAAGUGUAGACAAACUCAAUCAGACCAUGAACUCAAUAAAAACAUUUUGGAGCCCUGAACUUAAGCGCGAAAGGCAAAUGAGAAGAGAAGUGGAACGGUUGCUUCAAACUGCGGGUACCAGCUCGAGUGCAGCUCAAGACGCUCACCUUCGUAUGGAAAUUGCUGCACGCGAUGAAAAAAUAAGGCAGCUGAAUGCAAUGCUAGAUGAGGGGAUGUCAGGAGGAUCUGGAUUAGCCGAGAUGAGAGUCCGCGAACUGGAAGACAUGGUCGCUCAACUGCAGGAAAUGCUGAAGAACCAGGAACAACAAGUGCUCGGUCAAGUUGAGCCGAGUGGUCGUUUUGCUCUUGAGAACGCUCUCCGCAUCGCCGACGACAGGCAAGCUCGUAUAAACGAAUUGCAAGAGGAGCUUUCUCGACUUCGUGUAGCCCGUGCAGGACAACCUCGCGACUUCACUGACAAAAGUGUUACAAGCCACGAGAUGGUUACUCUUCGCAUGAAAAUGGAGAGGUCAGAAGUUGAACUUAGUGAAAGAAAAGCAGAAUUAGCCCAAUGUCAAGCAAGAAUGAGAACUGCAGAAGAACAAGCGGCUGAUCUUCGACAACAUGUGCAGUUGUUAAAGGAACAGAUCACCAAUCGGGAGCAGCAGCACACUCUUCUCCAGGGUGAUGUUGAUGCUCUAAGACAAAAGCUAGAGGGCAAGAAUCAACAGAUGGAACAGCGUGAUCAACGUAUAGAGCGCCUAGAAAAAGAUCUUGCCAGUGCUAAAGGAGAAGUUAGUGAGAAACAGGAACAGAUCCAACAGUCGGACCAUCGAAUCUCUCAGAUGAUGGGUCGAAUAGAUGGUCUAGAAACUUCACUAAGAGAUAAGGAAGCAGAACUCGACAAAGCAAAAAUUCGUCUGCUGAGCCAUCCCGAUGUCAUCAAAGAGAAGGAAUUAAGGGAUAAAAUUGAAUCAAUGUCUCUUGAAAAACAGCGUUUACAAGAUCACAUCGAUCAGCUGAGACGAAACUCCGAGAAAGAAAGAUUGGAACAGCAGGAGACAUACCAAACUGAGUUGCGGCGUCUAAAGUGCAAUGUCGAAAAUCUCCAGAAAGAGUUGGCAGAUCGCGAUGUUCUUUUGGAAUCUCAGAAUGAAAAGAUAGGUGAUAUGGACAGGGAGCUUGCAUCUUCGCGUCAGCGCUUGCAAGCUGUCAUGAUCGAUAAAGGCGAAGAUGAACUUCGUAAAGAGGUUGAGUCAGCUCGCGGAGAAGUAGAGAAGCUGUUGAAAAUGGUUCGUCAGUUGGAGAAAGAAAACACGCAGCUUAGUUCGCAAUGCAAGCAAUUACAAAGUGCGAUUGAUCGCGGUGGCACGGAAAGUAGCGGGACCCUAACGAAGGGCGAAAUUUCCGCUGUUUCUGGAAGUCUCCUAUCUGGUGGUAUGAGUGCGCAAGCCAAAAAGAGAAUCGAGGAGCUGGAGGAAGCAUUGCGUGAAUCCGUUAGUAUUACCGCUGAACGAGAAGUUCACCUUUCGCAACAAAAACAUCUUCUUCAUCAAGUAAAUCAGCAGCUGGCGGAUGCUCGUCGCGAAAAUAGUGAACUAAGGAAACGAGUGGCUGAGGGAGGAGUUGGUGAGCGUGAACAACUCUUGAGAGCUGUAGAAGCUGAACGACGACAGCAUAUUGAGCAGUUACUGCAAUUGAAACAAGAAGCUUUACUGGCAGCGAUAGCAGAGAAGGAGGCUCAUAUUGCUCUCCUCGAGAAAUCACGUGCACCUCGAGAAGAAAUCGAAACCGUCCGUAGACAUAAGGAAGCACUCAUGCGGAAGCUAAAACAGGAGAACGAACGUCGUGCCAUGGUUAUUCGACCAGAGAGUGCGGCUAGCAUCAUUCAACCAGGAGCGGCGACGGUAUCCGUUGGUGGCCCCCUUCCAUUCCUUUCGCAACCCAGUCCUCGACAAGGCGAUAUCAUGACGAUGUCUGGCGAAAUUGACGACUCUGAGGGAAUUUGGGCUUGA